UAAAGGAACAUUACAUGUUCCGUGUCAAGCUCAUUCGGACUCGUCUUAAACGAAAGCAUGCUUCUGUUUGCUUUUUUGUUAGUGUCUUCAAUUUACUUUACGUCGUCGGAAAAUGCACCGAGUAGUAGUAAUUUUGAUUGGGGAUACACAUUGUUAUCAAAAUUAAUACAUUUAGAUAACAAAGUAUCUAUUUUAACCGCACAACUUGAAGAUGCUGUAAAAACAAUAGCAAACCUGAGCGACACGAUUGAAACAAACAAGCAAUCUGCUGGUACAACAUACAUUCGCUGGGGUCGCACCACGUGUCCUGGUAAAGCUGUUCUAGUUUAUGAUGGAUACGUUGCAGGGUCAGAUCACCUUAAAAGCGGAACUGCCGUUAAUCCAUUAUGUCUGCCAAAAGAUCCGGACUACGAUAAGUAUCUCAGCGGAUUUCAAUUUUCAGGUAGGAUAUAUGGGGCAGAAUAUCAAACAGACAGAUAUCCGGAAUGGGCGUAUCUUCAAGACCAUGAUAUUCCAUGCGCAGUUUGCCGAAUACCACGUACUAACGUUCUUAUGGUGCCGGGGAAAACCGUUGUCAUGACAAUUACAUCCUAGAAUAUAAAGGCUAUCUUAUGGCCGAACGCGACAUUCAUCCGUGAUCCUCUGAAUUUGUGUGUGUUGAUGGAAAUCCUGAAACAAUUAUGGGAAGUCAUAAAAACUUGGAUGGCAAAUUGUUUUAUUUUGUUGAAGGGGUUUGUGGCUCUCUACCUUGCAAUCCAUAUAAACACGGAUGGGAGCUGACAUGUGCUGUAUGCUCGUAUUCAUACAAUGCAAAAUCGACAAGUAUUCAGCCAUACAAGUAGUUUUCAAUCAUACGCUCGUGAAAUAUCUCGGAGUCUUAAACUUGCAAAAAUAAUCAUUUCGUUUUGUGUUCAUACUGACCUUUACUUUGAAUUUUUAAUACUUUAAUAACGUUUUAAUAUUAAAUCUUAUUUUCUCA